AUGCCGUCAGAAGAUGAGUCGUCGUGGCGGCUUCUCUUCGGCAUCGCCCUAAGCCACGGUGAGUUGCUCAGAGCAGGGCGACUCUCACAUGACGGCUGGAUGGUGUUUCUUAGCUCUGCGCAACUCAUCGGCACCGCGACAGGGGUCUUCCCUGUUCUGCUCGACCAGCUUUGGCAGCGGCAAUCCUUGAGCGAAGGUGCAUGGCAGGCAGGCGUCGACGAGCACGAACCAAGAGCUGCCUCCGUUUCAUCACGGGCUUUCUCACUGAACGUUGGAUCAUCGCGAAUGUCUUUGAUGUCUGGAGACUUCCAGCGCUCCGGGAAUGCUACCGCAGCGCCAUCGGCCUCAAUGCCGCGGCUGUCGAGCGCGGCGCGUGAAGGGGAAUCCAUUGGAUUCAGCGGCUUUGUGGAUAUGAUGAAGGUGAUCUGCGUGCGUAUCUUCCAAUCCCAGCGCUUCACGCGCCUGCGCGAGGGGCACAGGAGCUUCGAUGAGGACGAAGGGGAGUCUGCACUUCUUGCACUACGUGAAAGUGCUGAGGACCACGUUCUGCUGACCGAGUCGGUGAAGUACACCGCCGCUACGUUUCUGCGGCCUUUCAUUUCGCGGUGUGUCGUCCAUGCAUCGUCGCAGAUGCGGCUUCACCCGACGCGAAACGGAUGGGCACUGCAUGUGAACCGACUGGUGGCGCACGUUGUCGGAGCCCUACUCCACACGGCGAUUCUUCCGCUUUUCCGCAAGUACGCAGUGGCUGGCCGCCUGUCGAUGGCCGGCUACUGCGCAUUCAUCCGAGACGCUUUCCCUGGAUUGGACGCCGUCGAAGAGACUUGCGCGGUGGCCAUCUUCUCUCACGGCGGGUUUCCAGACAUCCGACCUCUUGUGAAGGGUCUGCAGCCGCUAGCAGCGUCGGUCUCUCCAGAGCUCCCUACGGUGGUUUCCGAGCGAACACUGGGCUUCACAGAUUUCAUCGAAGCAAUGCUGAUGCUGACGGUAGUGGUGUACUCGGACGAGGUGCGCUACCCCGCUCAACGACCCAUCACUGCCAAGGUCUGGUCUUUUUUUGAGGAGCAUGUUUGCCGCCGCGCGCUCCACGGCGCUUCCAUGUGCUCUGACCCGUACGUUACCGGUCGCUACGCCACGGUUCCGCCUGGCCUCGUCUCUGUCUACCCAGCGGUAGCGCCGCGGUUACAGUGUCCGUGUCUUUUCGUGGAGGUUAUCAAUUUUCAGAGGGACAACGUGGCGGGUGGUGCAGUUCCACCACCUACAGCGCAAGCAUCCAACGAAGGCUCGCCAUCGUCUCUGUUUCUGACGGAGGUGACAGCCGCCGAAGCAGAGUCGCCCUUGUGCUCGCUGGGGGACUGCGGCACCAACUCCGACGUUGCCUUGCAGGCUGCAGCGACGUUUUUUUCGACCGAGUGGAGCUUGCUGGAGCGGAAUCGAUGUGUGCCUCUCUUUGGCCGAAGCCAAGCUUCUGUGAGCCACGCGAUCAUGAUCUGCGGCGCUGCCGCAGAGGCCGCUCCGACGUGGUGUCCUGAAAUUUUACAGGUUCCCCUCCCCGACUCGCUGCAGCAGCUGACGCUGUAUCAGUGCGCUGUAGAGGCUGUCGCCGCCACAGAAGCCAACGGAGUUUUCGAAGAGGGGGCCGUGUGCAUCCUCUUCACACCCUUCCGCUCUCUUAUCGUCGAGUUGGCUGUCUCUGAUGAUGAUGCAGCAACCAGGGACGAAGACGGCGAAUCAGCGGCACAAACUCGCCCUUGGGGAUGUGCGGACGUUAUUGUGACUGACACGCCCCUUGUGCAAGUCGUCCCGCCCCGCCUGCUCGCGCCCCUCCACACAAUCUUCGUAUCUCACACCCCAGCACCUACCGGCGACGAUUCAGCCGCAUCUGCGCCGCUCCGCAUAUCGCUUUCCGCGGUAUGCGAGCUGUGCCGGCAGCUGCAGUGGUGCGUCACUUUUGACAAGCAGCAGCACGACUUACCGUCACUAUGUGCGCAGGCAUGGGCGAAAUACGGCGACUUUCAACGCAUUCUUCACUCUACGGUGAGCCGGCACGGGAACACUUCCUCCGCCGGGGGAGCGUUGUCAUCCUUUACGGAGCAAGCCGCCUUGUUCAGCUUCACGGACUUCAUCGGCUGCUUAGCCACAGUGCUCUUUCUGGAGCAAGGCGGGAGACUGCGUGACGUGCCUGACGUGCCGCGUCGUCUAGAGCUCGCGCUGUCCUCCUUGCCACCUACCUUCACCUCUGCCACUGGCACCUCUUCUCGUGUCCCGGACGUCGGGCUGCAAUCGCCAGACAUCCACAGCAUUCCCUACAACGCCUUCCGCGAUGUGCCCUACCUCGCAGCCCUUGAUCGCAAAAGGAAGCAGUCAAAGGAAGCCCAGGAUCGCCGCACCGCUUUGAUUGCGUCCUUACGGGAGCACCACGCACUGCAGAUCCCCUCCCCUGUCACGCUGCCGCCUCUACCGGAAGACCGGCCGUGUGCAAUGCGCCUGGUGUCCCAGUACGGCACGGUUGAUCCGACAACAGUCUUCCAUGCUGUCAUGCGCGACGGAGCGGAAGUUAUAAAGACCCACUUCCUGCAGCAGGAGCUAGCCAUCCCCGAAAUGACCGACUGA